UAUAAGAAGUGGCCAAUGGACAUGGCCAGUCCAUAAAAAAGAAAAGGCAAAAUAUCCAUAUCUCUUGGCUUUUAAUUAAGCUUUGUCUCAAGAGAAAAUGCCCAAUUCUGGUGCUACUGUUGAUUUGAUUAGCCACGAAGGUGGUUUCAGUUUACAGGUUAAGAAUGAUAAUAAGGUUGAGAUUGGAGGACAUAUACAGGAUCAUAGCGUGAAGCCAUCUUCAUCCAGCAACGAGGGCUCAAGCAACAGCAAAGAGGUGGAUGUCCUCGAGUCUGCCAAAGCAGAAAUGGGGGAAGUGAGGGAAGAAAAUGAAAGAUUAAAGAAGAUGCUAAAACAAGUAGAAAAAGAUUACCAGUCUCUCAUGCUGCGCUUCUUUAACAUCUUUCAACAAGAAACUUGCAAGAAAUCUUCAGAUUCAACUCCGUCUAACCACAACGAAACUGAAGAACACGAGCUCGUGUCACUUUGCCUAGGAAGAACUCCACCUCCAUGCGAGCCUAAGAAAGAUGAGAAGCAGUCAGGGAGCAACUCUAGCAAAAGUUGUAGAGAAGAUGAAGAGUUGAAGGCUAAACUUAGUCUUGGUUUGGACGCGACGGAGCUUGUUUCGAAUCCUAGCUCCGGGAAUAGCUUAGAAGAAGUAAAGGAAGAUGAAGCAGGAGAGACAUGGCCACCAAGUAAGGUUAAUCCAAAGAGAAGUAUAGAUGAUGAGGUUGCACAGCAAAGCAAUGUGAAAAGAGCUAGGGUUUGUGUGAGAGCUAGAUGCGACACACCAACGAUGAACGAUGGAUGCCAAUGGAGGAAAUAUGGACAGAAAAUUUCUAAAGGAAAUCCAUGCCCGCGAGCAUACUACCGCUGCACAGUUGCACCAGCCUGCCCUGUUAGAAAACAGGUGCAACGAUGUGCUGAGGACAUGUCCAUCCUGAUAACUACUUAUGAAGGAACCCACAAUCAUCCACUUCCUGUCACAGCCACAGCUAUGGCUUCCACAACAUCAGCAGCUGCUUCCAUGUUAUUAUCAGGUUCUUCCUCCUCACAGCCAGGCGUCACUUCCCAUGCCACCUUCGCAACUCCUGCUACUCAUGAUCACCUCAAUGGAUUAAACUUCAGCCUCCAUGACAAUUCAAGAACAAAACAGUUCUACUUAGCAAACCCUUCUUCACCAUUAUUCCCAACAAUUACUUUAGACCUUACUACCUCUCCAUCAUCCACUUCAUCUACUACUCCUUUCAAUAGGUUGUUCUCUUCAACUUCAUCAUCAAGAUUUCCAUCAACAAGUCUUAACUUUUCUUCCGCAGAGUCCAGCAUAUUACCAACUGUUUGGGGCAAUGGAUACCAAAGUUAUAAUAGUAUUGGGUCCUUAGUGAGUAGUCUAGGCAAACAAAACCACCAAAUGUAUCAGCCUGCAACAGCUUCUCAGCAAGCUUUGACAGAAACCUUAACCAAGGCAAUAACAUCUGAUCCAAGCUUCAGGACUGUCAUAGCUGCAGCAAUUUCAUCAGUGAUGGGAAGCAGUACAGGUGCAAGUGCAAGUCCAAGCAAAGGGGUGGUUGCAGAGAGUUUUGGUCAGAGUUUGAAGUUAGGUGAGCCUAAUAAUCAGGCAAAUUCUACUAUUAACUCAUUGACCCAGAAUGGGAAAGGAUCAUGUGCAUCAAGCUAUUUCAACGGCUUGUCAUCUUCAACUUCCCAAAUGGGAAGUCUGCUUCAGUCUGCAGCAUUGCCUUUUUCUAUCUUUAACAGUGCACCUACGUCUACUAAUAAUGACAAGGAUCAUAAGAGUUGAUAUACGCAUAUACACAGUAAGUGUUAAAUGUAAGAAAAUGGCAAAAUUAAAAAAAAAAGAUUAAUGCUGUUUUCUUAUCUUUAACAGUGCUUUUAUGCCAUUUUGUAUCAGUAGAUAGAUUAGUAUUCAAACAGAAGAUGAAAGUGUAAAAGUAAAUUUUCUUUCUUUCAUGGGCAUAAGCUGUAGUACAUUUGUGAAGAAAUAAAAUGAAGGUGCAGAAGUUGGUGGUUGUCAAAUUUACAGGCAUGAUAAAUGCGGGUAAAUGUUGACUAUAUUUCCAAUUGAAAAAUGAAAGAACUUACUUUGACUUCUAA